AUGACGGAGAAGCUCACACUUGCCGAUGAUGCAAAGGACAUCUGUGAAGAGGUGGUGUCACGGCACUUUAUGCCGGUCGUGAGGUAUCAGCAUGAAAAGAUCCCCGCCAUGGUGUCUGCCAUCACAGAGAACGUCGUACAGCGUCUGACGCUGGAGGCAGCUCUCCCAAGAAAAUAUAUAGCGCACUGUGUCGUCUUUCAGAACAAUGGUGCUGGAUUUAACGCAAUUUCGGCGUGCUCUUGGAAUCCUGCGAGUGAUGCUUGUUAUGUGCACCACGCCGAAAACAAGGCAAUGCAUUGUGUACUGACCGUGUAUGGUGUUGUGGCGUGA